CCCUUCCUUCAAAGCCUCCAUCUUUUCUGACAUCUCCAUCCCCUCCACCUGGGCAGUCAAUCUUUUCAGCUUUUCUUCUCCUGCGUCUUUUUUUAAACAAAGUCUUCUAAUACUCGCUUUCACUUCUCGCUCCAUUGGGUUUCUUUCCUUCUUUCUCGAUUUUUCAAUUUCAUUUCUACCCCAAGCCUCACAUUUCAUCUUCAAGUUAUAUUCCCCUUUCCUUGCAACGCACUUUGUGCAAAGGCCACCUUUUUAGGACAAUCACCACCACACAGUCGCCAUGGCCGACGACAAGAAGACAGAUGACUACGCCAUUGAGAUGGGCGACCGCACUGAGCCGUCUCCUCCUCCGAGACCAGCUCAGCCGCCUGCUUCCCCCGUCAUGCAUCAUGCCGUGAUUCCGAUUCUCAGCUACUGCGGUUCCUCCAUCUUGAUGACCGUGACGAACAAGUUUGUCCUGUCUGGCACAGGAUUUAACCUCAACUUCCUUCUUCUCGCCGUUCAGGCCAUCGUUUGCGUCAUUGCGAUUCAGACAUGCAAGUCUAUGGGUUUCAUCACCUACCGAGACUUCAACACCGACGAAGCCAAGAAAUGGUUUCCCAUCUCCGUGUUGCUAAUUGGAAUGAUCUACACGAGCACCAAGGCGCUCCAAUAUCUAUCCAUUCCCGUCUAUACAAUCUUCAAGAAUCUGACCAUUAUCCUCAUCGCAUAUGGUGAGGUGCUUUGGUUCGGUGGCUCUGUCACCGCAAUGGCUCUAUUCUCUUUUGGUUUGAUGGUGUUCAGUUCCAUCAUUGCCGCGUGGGCUGAUAUUCAGCACGCUCUUGGAAGCUACGGCUCCUCAAGCAACGAAGCCUCUGAUAAAAUUUCGACUCUCAAUGCGGGCUAUCUGUGGAUGUUCAUGAACUGCUUUUGCACCGCCACCUACGUCCUUGGCAUGCGAAAGAGAAUCAAGUUGACCAACUUCAAGGACUUUGACACCAUGUUCUACAACAACCUUCUCACCAUUCCCAUCCUGCUCGUUUGCUCCAUCUUCCUCGAAAACUGGUCUCCCGAGAACAUCAACAUCAACUUCCCCCCUGCGCAGAGGAACAAUAUCAUCCUUGCCAUGGUCUUCUCUGGAUUGUCGUCCGUCUUUAUCUCGUACACGUCAGCCUGGUGUGUGCGCGUCACAUCCUCUACGACCUACUCGAUGGUUGGCGCUUUAAACAAGUUGCCCAUUGCUCUCAGUGGCCUCAUCUUCUUUGACGCGCCGGUUACUUUUGGCAGCGUCUCUGCCAUCGUUGUCGGUUUCGUCAGUGGCAUUGUCUAUGCACUUGCAAAGAUUAAGCAGGGAUCCAAGCCCAAGUCUGGACUGCCUACCGUCAACCCUACCGUCAGCGCUAGCAGCCAGAGUGCCCGCGACAGCUUGAAGUCAUAGACGUGUUUAUGAGAGAAGCCUUGUUAUCGAUUGGCUUGUCGGGGGGGGGGGGUGGAAAUUAGA